AUGCUUCAAUCAUCAACAGUUAAAGAUAAUAAUCGUACAACAGAAUCUCUAUCACAAUUACGUGUUAAAAUAUGUUCUGUACGAUUACCAUCAUCAAUAAAACCUGUAGAUAUAAGUGUUGUAAUGGAAGUAGAUAAUAAACAUUUUUAUCGAACAGAAAUCAUACGUAAAAAAAAUAAAUUAAAUACAAAUUCAUCAAUAAUAACUAUAAAUGAAUCAUUUGAUAUACUUGUUACAUUAAAUUCAAAAAUUUUAAUAAAAAUUCUUGCUCCAACACGUCUUUUUGGUAAUCAUGAUCUAGGACAAUUACAAUUAAAUAUAAAAACACUUAUUGAUGAUUAUCAUUUAUUGGAACAAAAUAAUAAUGAUACAAUACCAUCGUAUCUUGUUAAAUUACCUUAUGAUAAUCAAACAAGAUCAUCAUCAACAUUUCGAUCAAAUGAUACAAAUAAUCUUUCGAAUGGUGUUAUUGAAAUUAUUUUUUAUGGUUCUCUACUUAGACAAUAUGAUGAAAAUAGCAAUCAACAAGAUACACAACAACAGUCACGUCCAUCCUCAUCUCAUUCAAUAUUAGAAAAUAAUUUAGAAACACCAAAUCAAUCAGAUAAUCAUACAAAUGGUACUAGUAUUAGUAGUAGUAGUAGUACAGAAACAACAACAGCAGCAGUAGCAGCGGCUGCAAUCAUUCCUGAUAGACAACAAACAGGAACAAAAAAUGAAACAUCUUUAACAGAACUUAAAGAACAAUUACCACCAGGUUGGGAACUUCGAUACGAUCCUUUAGGUCGUCCUUAUUAUGUUGAUCAUAAUCGUCGUCGAACAACUUGGAGUCUUAAACAAGAAACACUUCCAUCUGGUUGGGAAGAACGUGUUGAUAAUCGUGGACGUGUUUAUUAUGUUGAUCAUAAUACUCGUACAACAACAUGGAAAUUACCAACUGCUACUCAUUUAUCAAAUGUUGCUGAAUGGCAAAAUAAUUAUGCUAGAAGUCAUUCUGUAUUUAAUCAAUUUGAACAUCGAUUUUUACCACAAACUGAUACCAAUAUUCAAUCAAAUGAUGCUUCCAAUUCGACUGAAGAAUCUUUACCAGAAGGUUGGGAAAGAAAACAUGAUAGUCAAGGUCGAACUUAUUAUCUUAAUCAUAUAUCUAAAACAACUCAAUGGGAAGAUCCACGACGAAUGGAUAAUAAUAUAUUUGAUAUACCAUUACCACAAGGUUUUGAAAUGCGUUAUACAAAAGAUGGGCAAGUUUAUUUUGUUGAUCAUAAUACAAAAACAACAAGUUUUCGAGAUCCACGAAAUGGUCUUAUGCCAUCUAUACUUGAAUCAAAUGUAGCAACAACACCAAAUUAUCGACGAAGUUUUUCAAAUAAAAUUCGACAAUUUCGUUAUUUAUGUACAACAAAUGCUACACCUGGUCAAUUAAAAUUAACAAUACGUCGUGAUAAUCUUUUUAAUGAUUCUUUUACAAAUAUAAUGCAAUGUCAAUCAAGUGAACUUCGUCGUCGUUUAUAUUUAUUGUUUAAAGGUGAAGAAGGUCUUGAUUAUGGUGGUGUUGCACGUGAAUGGUUUUUUCGUUUAUCACAUGAAGUACUUAAUCCAAUGUAUUGUCUAUUUGAAUAUGCUAAUAAAAAUAAUUAUUAUCUUCAAAUAAAUCCUGCAUCAUCAAUUAAUCCAGAUCAUUUAACUUAUUUUCGAUUUAUUGGUCGUAUUGUUGCUAUGGCACUUUAUCAUGGAAAAUUUAUUGAUAAUGGUUUUAGUUUAGCAUUUUAUAAACGUAUGCUUGGUAAAACAUUAACAAUGCAUGAUUUAGAAUCAUUAGAUCCUGAAUUUUAUAAUAGUUUAUUAUGGAUAUGUGAAAAUGAUUUAAAUAAUAAUGAUAAUCUUGAAUUAUAUUUUAAUACAUCAUUUGAAUUAUUUGGAAAAAUUGAAAGUAUUGAAUUAAAACCAGAUGGAAAUGAUAUUAAAUUAAUAGAAGAAAAUAAAAAUGAAUAUUUAGAAUUAAUGACAAAAUGGAGAUUUACACGUGGAGUUGAAGAACAAACAAAAGCAUUUUUACAUGGAUUUAAUGAAGUUGUACCUCAACAAUGGAUUCAGAUAUUUGAUGAACGUGAAUUAGAAUUACUUUUAUGUGGUAUAUCAAAAAUUGAUAUUCUCGAUUGGGAACGUAAUACAAUAUAUAAAAAUUAUACUGAAACAGCUAAACAAGUACAAUGGUUUUGGCAAUUUGUACGUGAAAUAACUGAUGAACAACGAGCACGUUUAUUACAAUUUGUUACUGGUACAUGUCGUGUACCUAUUGGUGGUUUUUCUGAAUUACUUGGAUCAAAUGGACCACAAAAAUUUUGUAUAGAAAAAUAUGGCAAAGAUAAUCUAUUACCUCGAUCACAUACAUGUUUUAAUCGAUUAGAUUUACCACCAUAUAAAAAAUAUGAAAUUUUAAAAGAAAAACUUCUAUUUGCUAUUGAAGAAUGUGAAGGUUUUGGUCAAGAGUAA